ACAACAAUGUGUCUGAGGCUCUGAGCUCGCAUACCUCCUCUUCGCUCUCAGCUCCUCACGCAACUCUCUCCGUCGUACUAACAUGAUGCAUCUGGACGGCGUCGACGACGAGCUCGGCGAUGGCGACUGCGCCCCCUCUACCGCGCGCUUUGAGCUCCAGGAGGAUCCUUCCUUCUGGAAGGACAACAAUGUGCAGGUUGUGAUCCGUAUCCGACCCCUGAGCGGCAGUGAGAUAUCGCUUCAGGGGCAGAAGCGGUGCGUCAGGCAGGAUAGUAGCAAGGGCCAGUGCCUUGCAUGGACUGGAAAUCCCGAGUCCCGCUUCACUUUCGAUCUCGUCGCGGACGAACAUGUCUCGCAGGAGGAUAUGUUCAAAGUUGCUGGGGUGCCCAUGGUGGAGAACUGUAUAGCUGGCUAUAACAGCUGCAUGUUUGCUUACGGGCAGGCUGGAAGUGGAAAAACACAUACGAUGCUUGGUGACAUAGAAAACGUAACACCGAGGAACAGUGUGAAUUGUGGUAUGGCGCCUCGAGUAUUUGAUCACCUCUUUGCAAGGAUCCAAAAGGAAAAGGAAUUAAGAAUAGAUGAAACGCUCAGGUUUACAUGUAAAUGCUCUUUUCUGGAGAUUUAUAAUGAGCAGAUUCUGGAUCUCCUCAACCCCAAUUCUGUAAACUUGCAGAUAAGGGAGGAUUCCAGAAAGGGUGUCCAUGUUGAGAGUUUGACGGAACAUGAAAUCUCCAAUGCUCGAGAAGCUCUGCAACAACUUAUUGAGGGAGCAGCAAACCGGAAGGUAGCAGCCACCAAUAUGAACCAUGCAAGUAGCCGCUCUCAUAGUGUUUUCACGUGCCUUAUAAAAAGUAAGUGGGAGUCAAAAGGUAUCAACUACCACCGCUUUUCUCGACUCAACCUUGUUGACCUUGCAGGCUCAGAGAGGCAAAAGAGCUCAGGUGCUAAAGGGGAGCGAUUGAAGGAAGCUACCAACAUCAACAAAUCACUCUCAACUUUGGGACUUGUCAUUACGAACCUAAUUGCUGUGUCAAACAAAAAGUCACAGCAUGUUCCGUACAGAGAUUCAAAAUUAACAUUCCUCCUUCAGGAUUCCCUUGGAGGAAAUUCAAAAACGACCAUAAUUGCAAACAUAAGCCCAUCCAGCUGUUGUGCUGCUGAGACAUUAAGCACAUUGAAAUUCGCACAACGAGCUAAAUACAUAAGGAACAAUGCUAUAAUUAACGAGGAUGCUUCUGGUGAUGUUCUUAGCAUGCGCUUACUACAGAUCCAGAAGCUUAAAAGGAAAGAUUGUGAUGCUGCCCUUGUCGCUGCUUUUAAGAGGGAACAGGAGAAGGAAGCAGCACAGUUGAAGGCAAUGAUAGAUGCAAAUCAGAUUGCUGAACAGCUGGAAGCUCAAAAAACAGAAGAGGUAAGAAGUUUCAAGAUGAGGCUUAAGUUUUGCGAAGAACGGAUCAAAAUAUUGGAGCAGGUUGCUUCAGGGAAAUUAUCUGUUGAAGCACAUCUUCUGCAAGAGAAGGAAAACCUUGUAAAGGAGUUAGAAGUUUUGCAGUGUCAAUUAGAUCGUAAUCCAGAAAUUACAAAAUUUGCAAUGGAGAAUCUACAACUAAAGGAAGACUUACGAAGGUUGCAGUCAUUUGUUGAUGAAGAUGAACGAGAAAUGAUGCAUGAGCAAAUCAUUGUUUUACAAGAUAGGCUGCUUGAGGCUCUUGACUGGAAGCUUAUGCAUGAGAAGGGACCUGUUACCAAGGCCCUCUCAUUAUUCGAGGAGCCACCCAGUGAUGAGGAAAAAGAGUUUCUUCGUUUGCAGGCUAUUCAAAACGAGAGAGAAAUUGAGUUGUUGCGUAAAAAAUUGACAUUCUGCCUUGAAGCAAAAGAGAAUCUUGAGAGGCAUGUAAAUGAGUUGACCACAGAGUUGGAGCUUACAAAGAAACAUGAUAACACAGAUAAAGAAUCCAAGCCUGCCCAGCUCCAGGAUCAAGGAGAGGCAGAUUUACAUAACUUGUCUGAUGCUCAGAUGGAAUUUAAGACUUUGGUUGACGCGAUAGCUUCUGCAAGUCAACGGGAAGCAGAAGCUCAUGAAACUGUGAUUGGUUUGGCCAAAGAUAAUGAAGAAUUGAGAAUGCAGCUUAAGGUUUUGAUUGAGGAUAACAAGAGAUUGAUUGAGCUCUAUCAACACGCUUUUGUCAAUGUCGAGGCAAACCAAGAUGGAAACCCUGUGAACGAAGAUCUGCUCAAUGCCCAACCAGCAGCAACAUCAGAUUUGCAUGCACAUAACUCAUCCAAUGUGGAAGAAGAGCCUAAGAUAGUAGAUGAAAAAUGCACAAAUGAGGACAAUUUCUCAAGAGUUACAUCCGUUGAAUUGUGUCUUCAGCUGGAGGAGAUGGAUGAGGAAAAUGAAGGACUUAUGGGUUUGCAUGAGAAAACUAUGCAGGAAAGAGAUGUAUUCAAACGGAAGAUUUUAGAGCAAAGCGACUCUGAAGCUGUAAAAGAUAUUUUAUUGGGCGAGAAAGAUGCUGAAAUGAGUGAAGCAGCUGAGAAUCCUGAAGUGAAACAUGUUCAUGACUCCAUAAUUGUAGCUUUGAAAGAUGUGCUGCAGAUUGUUCGGAGUAAGCUGGAGCUUGUCCAAGAUAAGGUUGUGUCUACUCAGGAUGCAGUAAAAUAUUUUAAGCUACUAGAAAUGGCUAGUGGUAAGGCCACAGAACUUUAUUCAAGAAUUGAGCUUCAGUAUCUAGGCGCACAGCGUCUUCAGGAAGACAUCACUGUCCUUAAGUCUGUGCUGUCAGAAUCACAGGAGAAGAUAAUUGCUUUUGAAGGCAAGUAUUUCUUGCCUGCAGCAUCAUGUUGGAACAUGGUUUUGAAGACCAAAAGUCCUGCAGAGUCCAGGUUGGAUGCCAGCUUUGAAUCAAUGAAUCAGAAGAAAGAACGGUUCAAUCAUCUCCAAACUCGCAAAAAUGAACUAUCUGCCGCAAGAAGAAGAGCACGUGAAUCUGAAACUGAGUUGAGAAGCAAAAUUGAUGGCCUUAAAGUGAAACUUGGCGCGUAUGGAGCUCAAAGAAAGGAGGAAGAAAAGGUCCUGUUUGCUAUUGAUAACUUGGAUACUUCCACUGCACCAAUGCAUAAACCCAAGAACUAUGGCAAGGCAACCGCGCCGCUGAAAUCCGAUGAGGAUUGGAUGAAGCUUCGGUGUGAACUACAGAAGGCCCGCGAACAGUUCUUUAUGGUGCAAAAGGAAAUAAAGAACAUCAAUAAAUGUGAUUAUAUUGAUUGUGAGAUUGCAGUCCUUGAAGCAGAAAUAGAGGACUCCUGGUUCUCCAUGCUGGAAAGUGACAUCGAGAGGUUUGUCCUUGACAGUACGUUCACAGAGAUUUGGGAGGGUAGGGCAAAGGACAUGGAGGCCUCGCUGGUUGAGUACCAGGACUGUGUUUUUCAAGUCAGUUUGAAGGAGGAAGAGAUCAAGAUGUGUAAUGAGUCCUUGCAGUAUCAAGCCAGGGACAGGGAGUCGGAUGAACUUCAGUCGAAGCUAAACCAAGCGAUGCGGGAGCUGGGUGAGCUUCUGCAAGAUAGAAGAUGCUUAACAGAUUGCAGUCUGGAUGAACCCAUGCUGCCCGUUGUUGAAAAGGUGGCAACAGACCUUGAAGCCGUCCGGAUUUAUGUCGAUGAAGCUAAACAGCUUUUGCUUGUCGACAACCAAGCUAAUCAGUGAACAUACGCAGCUAGUUUGAGGCUCUGGCAUAUCUAGGGCUGGCUGUACAAACCAACAACUGUUAUUUUCUGAGAUGGGUCAUUUAGGAUAACGGCUCUGAAUAAGAUGUAAUAGUAGUACAGACUACAGACUUCAGUUUGAAAACGUGUGGAUACAAUGGCAUAAAGUCAAGUACAUAUUUUGCUUGGUUCCUUGGGCUAGUGAGAGCAAUCUGUAGACCCACCAAAAGUUGUAAGACAUGUCGUUUUCUAUUAAGAGCAUGAAAAUUAAUCUACUUGCACGGUAAAAA